AUGAUGCAACAAACACUGGAACAGCUUGAAACUGCUGAUUCUAAUACAUCAGCAUGGCUUCUAGAAAAGAAGCUUGAUUUAUCACCUAAACUAAUGGCAGUCUCACCAUCACAGAGUACAGUAUACAGUACAAGUAGCCGUGCAUCUGAAAAUACAAACACUUCAACGACAAAAUCUAUAAAUGAAUAUCCGGAUAUUGUUGCUCACACGGAUUUGGAUUGUACAAUACUGAUUGAUGGUACAACAUGGAAAGAAGUUUUAAGUCGUUGUAGAAAUUUGGAAAACAAAAAAAGGCUUAUUGAGAACAUUAUAGAACAGUUGGUUUCCGUUCGUGAACGUUUAACUUCCGACUGUUCUUCACAUUUCGAAAAUGAAAAUUUUCCGGAUCAUGUAGCUCUCCAGCAGCUGAAAGAGAACGAUAAAAAGCUGGAUUUUGGAUUCAACGACAAUAUUUUGAGCUCCAAUCAAUACUUAACUUACAUGAAUUCGUUAAAACAGUCAGCUUAUGAUAAUCUGUUCAACAACAAUCUAAUGACACCAGCUCCAAACUUACCUUUAAUUCAGCAUUUGAUGAUGAUAGCAGUUCAAAAUCAAUUGAAGGCUGCUGCUGCGAUGGGUGAAGCUGAGAAAAACUCAAGCGAAACGCUGUCUAGAGCGUCCCCAGAUAUUAUCUCUGAGCCAAAUUCAAAUCGAAUCAAAACAGAAAACCUCUCAAUCAACAGGAAAAUUACAAAUCGUAACUGUGAAGAUCAAAACUUAAGAAAAGAAGAAUUGGAAAAUCAUGAACAAUCAGAUAAAGAUCUUAAACCAAAUGAUUGUUCCAAUCAGUCACAGGAUCCAGUUGUGAGGUCUACCGUCAUCAAGAAUGAAAAACCAAAUGUGCACAUAAAACGACCAAUGAACGCUUUCAUGGUUUGGGCUCGCGAUGAACGCCGUCGAAUUUUAAAAUCCUGUCCCGAUAUGCAUAACAGUAGCAUCAGCAAAAUUCUUGGUUCUCGUUGGAAAGGGAUGAGUAAUCAGGAGAAGCAACCUUUCUAUGAAGAGCAAUCCCGGUUAAGCAAGUUACACAUGGAACAGCAUCCCGAUUAUCGUUACAGACCACGACCAAAAAAAACCUGUACGAUCAAUGGUAAAAGAGUUCGUUUAGAAGAUGUUCGAACUAAAAUUAAGAAGGAAAAACUGUGGUUGAAAGAGCCUCUUCUUUUAAUGCCUUCUAUUAAUCAGGCUGCUCUUGAGCUUUCUUCGUUCUGGGAAGCUAGUUGUUCAACGAAAGGAAAGAACUGGUAG